UGUUUUGUUCACUCGUUUCACACAUUCAUUGCAUUUGCUGUCAAUGUCUUAACUUUUCAAUUGAAUUCAAUUAACAAAUGGUUUACUGUUAUUGAAUCGUUUGGCUGAGGGAUUGACUUGCAUUUGAUCCCAAGAGGCAAUCUGAUCGAUGGUAUAAUAAGUGAUUUGUUGAUAAGUGUUUUGACCCAAUGUUAGUUAAAGUGAAACACUUUGGGUUAAGUGUAUAUGUAUUGGUAUUUAACAUAAUUAAUACAAUUAUUUGGCGAUUAAUAUCUUUACUAAACUACAAAAUAAUGGAUAAUCGGGACAACGAUGAGAAUACAGACAUUGAUCUACUCAUCAAACAAAGACAACACCACAAGAAGUCUUUCGAUAUCAUCUCCAGAGCCUUAAAGAUAGACGAGAAGAUUGACGACCAAAAUAUAGAGCAAAAGCGGAUUGUGAUUGAGAUGUACUCGAAGGGCAUCGAAGAGUUGGAAGAAGGCAUCGGAAUAGAUCUGUCGGGAGUGACGGGUGAAGAGGGCGAGAGGGCCCGCAAACUGCAGCUUAAGAUGAAUAAUAACCUCCUUAUGGUUCGCGAACGGAGGGAACGCUUAGAUUGCAUGAACAGAAUAUACGGCCAGAGCUCUCAUUUGCCGUUUUAUAAGGAAGGGGAUGACGAUCACCACUGCUCUCCACAUCCAUUAGCCCACAGCCCGUCUAUUAGUAGUCCAAAGACUUUUAAUUUCUCUCCAAUUCCUCCUAAAAUUUCGAAAAAUUUAAAACCAAUCCCUAAUCGUCAUAAUACCGGUAAAUCAGUCAAUAAAAGCACAGUUUCAUCAAUUCGUGUCCCAAACGAUGGGAAACCACUUUCAAGUCAAAAAACUUUCAUAAAAUCAACGAAACCUCGAAAUGGAUUAACCAAUAAAUUGCCAAAUAUUAUGUCAAAUAUGAAUAUAACUCCCACUACUUCCAAGUCAUCACCAAAUUGCGGGUCUAAGUCAAGAACUCCUAAUUCCACUCCGAAUUCCACCCCAACAGUCAAGUCUCCAACAACUCCAACGAAUACAACCAGUGUUUUGUCAAAACUUUCUGCAAAUUUCAAAGGAGUUGACAGAAAAUUAGCGCAAAAUAUUUUGGAUGAAAUAUAUGACCGAACUUCUGAUGCAAUAAACUUUGAUUCGAUCGCCGGUCAGGAUGUGGCCAAACAGGCACUCAAUGAGAUGGUUAUACUUCCGACAAUACGUCCAGAACUUUUUACUGGUCUCAGAGCACCUCCUAAAGGGCUUCUACUGUUUGGUCCACCAGGAAAUGGCAAAACACUUCUUGCUAAAGCAGUGGCAACCGAAUCAAAAGCUAAAUUUCUGAGUAUUUCCGCUUCGAGUCUCACCUCUAAAUGGUUAGGAGAGGGCGAGAAACUGGUGAGAGCUCUGUUCGCUGUGGCCAGAGAGCUGCAGCCAACCAUCAUUUUUAUAGACGAAGUGGACUCUCUGUUGAGUGAACGGCGAGAGAACGAACACGAGGCCAGUCGUCGCCUGAAGACUGAGUUCUUCAUUGAAUUCGAUGGAAUCCAUUCGACAAACGAGGAAAGGAUUCUAGUUAUGGGCGCCACUAAUAGACCCCAAGAACUCGAUGACGCGGCCCUCAGGCGAUUCUCCAAACGAAUAUACAUAUCAUUACCCGAUUAUGAAACUCGAAUCACACUUCUGGAGAAACUGAUGCGAAAACAAAACAAUCCGUUGUCUCGAAGAGAAUUGGAACAAUUGGCCGCUCAGACAGAGGGCUACAGCGGCAGUGAUCUGACAAAUCUGGCCAAAGAUGCGGCUCUGGGACCCAUCCGGGAGAUGGAGAUCGAACAGGUCAAGCACUGCAACCCCAACAGAAUGCGUCCCAUUAAUGUCAAUGACUUCAAGCAGUCGUUGAAACGGAUCCGUAAGAGUGUGGCCGACAGUACAUUACAGCAGUACCACAAUUGGAACCAACAAUUCGGUGACAUUUCGCUGUGAUCUUAAUUUUCAUUCUAUCGUUUUUAAGUUUUUAAAAGUAUUUUUAGUUACCGUUAAAUCGAGUUAUCGUUUGUUUUUUAUUGCUGUUAAACACACAUUGAAUUCAUUUAAAACACAAUAAAUAGUUGUUUCGAUUCUUUAUUAAAA